CGCCAAUGACUCAAGCGUAGGACGGAGGUGAGAUUAUCUGGGAUUCUCAGUAGCGGCGCGUCUGUGUAUCUAAAGAAAAUCAAGCGCAAUGGGCAACAGCGAUUCCAAACUGAAUUUCAGGAAGGCAGUGAUCCAACUCACGACUAAAACACAGCCCGUAGAAGCAACAGAGGAUGCCUUCUGGGACCAGUUCUGGUCAGACACCACCAUCACAGUCCAGGAUGUUUUUGCACUGGUGCCAGCUGCAGAGAUAAGAGCUGUCCGCGAGGAGUCCCCAUCAAAUUUAGCCACCCUCUGUUAUAAGGCGGUGGAGAAGCUGGUUCAGGGAGCAGAGUCUGGCUGUCCAACUGAGAAAGAGAAGCAGGUCGUGCUGAACUGCGCUCGCAUCCUGACCCGCAUUCUGCCCUACAUCUUUGAGGACCAAGACUGGAGAGGGUUCUUCUGGUCGACGGUGCCAGGCGCUGGGCACGCCGGGGCCGAUGAGCUGGAUGAUGAUGAUGGAGCUCGACCACUGGCUGAGUCGCUGCUCCUGGCUCUAGCUGACCUGCUCUUCUGCCCUGACUUCACUGUGCACAGCCACAGAAGAAGCCCUGACUCAGUAGAGAGCAUGCAGUCAUUAGACAGCUGUGAGUACAUCUGGGAGGCAGGCGUUGGAUUUGCACAGUCACCCCCUCUCAACUACAUCCAUGAUCUAAACAGGGCGGAGCUGCUCAGGUUGUUGCUGACCUGCUUCUCAGAGGCCAUGUACCUGCCUCCUUCAACAGACAGCAGCGUCCUCAACCCGUGGGUGACUUUCUUCUGCUCCACAGAAAACAGACAUGCCCUGCCUCUGUUCACGUCUCUGCUCAACGUUGUAUGCGCUUAUGAUCCGGUGGGUUAUGGGAUCCCGUACAACCACCUGCUAUUCUCUGACUACCGGGAACAGCUAGUGGAGCAGGCGGUACAGAUCCUCAUUGUGACCCUGGAGCAUGAUGGAGGGACUCCUCACCCUCCCGCUUCUUCAUCCAGCAUUGAGGAACAAGAGCCUACAGGCCCUGAAAACCUGUUUGUCAAUUACUUGUCAAGGAUUCACAGAGAGGAGGAUUUUGAUUUUGUACUGAAGGGCCUCGCUCGUCUCCUGACCAACCCUCUGACUCAGACGUACCUGCCCCAUUCCACCAAGAAAAUCCAGUUCCAUCAGGAGCUGCUGGUGCUGUUCUGGAAACUUUGUGACUUUAAUAAGAAAUUCCUGUUUUUUGUCCUGAAGAGCAGUGAUGUGUUGGAUGUUCUGGUUCCUAUUCUUUAUUAUCUGAACGAUGCCAGGGCGGAUCAGUCACGUGUUGGACUCAUGCACAUUGGUGUCUUCAUUUUGCUCCUGCUGAGCGGAGAGAGAAACUUCGGUGUGCGCUUGAAUAAGCCCUAUUCUCUCCACGUGCCCAUGGACAUCCCCGUGUUCACAGGGACUCAUGCCGACCUGCUCAUAGUGGUGUUUCACAAGAUCAUCACCACGGGGCACCAGCGUCUCCAGCCUCUCUUUGAUUGCCUGCUCACCAUUAUUGUGAAUGUUUCCCCCUAUCUGAAGAGCCUGUCCAUGGUCGCUGCCAAUAAACUGCUCCACCUUCUCGAGGCCUUUUCCACAACCUGGUUCCUGUUCUCAGUCACACAGAACCAUCACCUCGUCUUUUUUCUCCUUGAGGCGUUCAACAACAUUAUUCAGUAUCAGUUUGAUGGAAACUGCAGUUUAGUCUACGCCAUCAUCCGCAAGCGGAAUGUGUUCCACCAGCUGGCCAACCUGCCCUCUGACCCCGCUUCGAUCCAAAAGGCCUUGCAGAAGAAGAAAAAGUCACCGGAUGCGAUUUCCCGCACAAGCUCCCAGGAGACUGUAUCCAUGGAGGGCUCACAUCCCGCAGCACCGGCAGAGCCUGGGACACUCAAGGCCAGUCUAGUUGCUAUACCAGGCAUUGACAAACUGACAGAGAAGUCCCAGGUGUCCGAGGACGGCAGCAUGGUGUCCAUCCCUAAAACAGACUCUCCACACGUGGUCCGCUCAGACCAAAGCACAGCCGCCGCGACCAGUGACACAGAGUCCAACUCAGGAAGAGACAAUGAAGACGUUUUCUACACUGAAGCUGAAAUGGAAAGAAGACGUUUGUCGACCGCAUCUUCAACUUCAUUAUGGGCUCCCACACCGGAGUGGAUCUUGUCUUGGAAGUGCAAGUUGCCCCUGCAGACUAUCAUGCGCCUUCUCCAAGUGCUUGUUCCCCAGGUGGAGAAGAUCUGCAUAGACAAAGGUCUGACAGAUGAAUCGGAGAUCCUGAAGUUUCUUCAGCACGGCACAUUAGUAGGUCUACUGCCAGUUCCUCACCCCAUCCUGAUCAGGAAGUAUCAGGCCAACGCCGGCACUGCCAUGUGGUUUCGCACCUAUAUGUGGGGUGUUGUUUAUCUGCGCAAUGUGGAUCCUCCCAUCUGGUAUGACACAGAUGUCCGGCUCUUUGAGAUCCAGAGAAUGUAAACAAGACGCUUAAAGACUGAAAAAUCAGACUUGUGACUCC